UACUCUUCUUUUUCUUCUUCUACUUCUCGCUCACUCGGUGGUGUGUAUAUUUAUUUGCGUCUGCAUGAAUCAAAAAAUAAAAUGAAACCAACAAUUGUUGCUGAUGAAAUGUUCCCCGAACACGGUGGACCAUUCAUGGAAUUGGAUGAGGCUGGUGGUUCAAGUGGACUACUCAUGGAUUUGGCUGCAAAUGAGAAAGACGUCCAUGCUGAUUUCUUCAAUGAUUUCGAGGAUUUGUGUGAUGAAGAAGAAGAAACUUCAGCAUCUAGCUAAAUGUCAUAACAUCAAAGUGAUUUUUUAAUUUUCAAAAAAUUAUUUGCUUUCAAUUUUGUGAAUUAGGAAUCAUUUGUUGAAAUUCCCAAAGAACAGACGUCUCUUACCUUGAUUAUUUUCCGUGAUAAAACAAAAUAAAUUCCAUCAUUGAAUCAACUCUUUUUUUAAAACACAAAAUGUCAAAAUCUAAAAUGAUUAAAUAAAUUCAAAAAAUGUCA